GCCCAGGUGCGGCGCGGCUGGAGCCCGGGGCGGCGCCGCCUGCGUGGCAGGAUCCCGGCAGGUGCCCGGGAGCCGGAGCGGCGCCGCCAGCAUGGCCCGGGGGACGCGCUGGCUGCUGAUCGGCUGCGGCUUGUGCCUGGCGCUCGCAGUGGGGGACCUUACUGCCACGACUGCCUCCCAACCAAUCACGUCCAGCCAGCACCCCGCCACCGCGAGUACACCACCGCAGAGCUCCCUGUCCACGUCCAGCCAGCACCCCGCCACCGUGAGUACACCACCGCAGAGCUCCCUAUCCACGUCCAGCCAGCACCCCGCCACCGCGAGUGCACCACCGCAGAGCUCCCUGGCUGCCUCCGGAGACACCUCCCUUCCCGCUGCCCCGGCCGACAGCACCGCUGCAUCCACGCAGUACAGAACCACAGCAGCAGCUCCAGCCUCGUCCAGAAACCCAGAAUCUGCUUCCAGCCCGCCCCUGUCCCCAGCCAGCCCCGGUCACACCUACACCUCCAGUACUCCUGCUGAGACCCACACGACUGAGCCCAACAAUGGCACAACGGCCAGUGGCUCGGAGGUGCCUGUCCCGGAGCAGCCCACGCUCUCCCAGAGCCCCGGUCUGGUGGCCGUGAUCUGCAUCUUCGUGGCCGUCCUGCUCAUUGCCGCCGGCGUGGUGGUGGUGAAGCUCUGCCACAGGAGGGAGCCGGCGUUCAGGAAGCUGGAUGAGGUGCCCAUGGGGAAGAUGACCGAAGACUCGCCCUUCGCUCGCUACCCUCCAAAAUAAGGGGCGUCUCCUCCAGCCCUGGCUGGAGCUGAGCCCAGCCUCGUGCCAGGGUAGGAGUCCGCACAUCUGUCCUGGCCACUCCAGCACCUCCCGGCCCGGCCUGGGUAAAGCUCCCCUCCUGCUCAGGGACUGCGCGGGAAUAAAGAGGCUGCUGGUUC